GGGCCGGUGCGGGAGAACCGGGCAGCGGGCGCCAGCGGCCGGAGGACGCCCGGCUGCGGGAGGCGGCUCCGCAGCGCCCAGGCGAACAAACCAAAGCUGCUUCUCCUCCGCUGCUGCUCCCGUUUGGGAUUUGAUUUGCAUCAUCUCUGAGCCCAUUAAAAGAAAUAAAUAAUAAAAAAAAAAAAAGGAAAAAGGGCAAACCAAACCCACACAAAACAUGUGCGGAAGGACUUGCACUCCCUGGCUGUGCUAUUGAGGAUCAGGAAGAGCCUUUGGGGCUGCAGGAUCUCGCUAGGCUGAUGCUGCUGCUCAAGGAUUUGGUGCAGGGAGACAAAACUGCUGCCUCUUCCAUCCGCUGAUCUCAACAUCUGCAUUUUCCUGCUGCUCUGCUCCCUCUCACACCCUCUCUCCAUGGACUGAUUUUUUUAUUUUUUUCCCUUUUUGCGGGGGGGGGAGGGAAGGGCGAGCAGCAAGCCAAGGCAUCGUGCUGAGAGGAGCGAAAAUUGCCUUUAUAUAUCUCGUGUUCUGGUGGAUCUCUUUCGAGGUUAUUCAGCUUUUUUUUUUUUUUUUGGGAAAAGAAAACAUGACGUCGCCAGCAAAAUUCAAAAAGGAUAAGGAGAUCAUAGCUGAAUAUGACACUCAAGUUAAAGAGAUCCGUGCCCAGUUGGUAGAGCAGCUGAAAUGCCUUGACCAGCAGUGUGAGCUUCGGGUCCAGUUGCUGCAGGACUUGCAGGAUUUCUUCCGCAAGAAGGCAGAGAUUGAGAUGGAUUACUCCAGGAAUUUGGAGAAGUUGGCUGAGAGAUUCCUGGCUAAAACUAGGAGCACCAAAGACCAGCAAUUCAAGAAGGAUCAGAAUGUGCUGUCACCUGUGAACUGCUGGAAUCUGCUGCUGAACCAGGUGAAGAGGGAGAGCAGGGACCACACCACCCUCAGUGACAUUUAUCUCAACAACAUCAUCCCACGCUUUGUCCAGGUCAGCGAGGACUCAGGACGCCUGUUCAAGAAGAGCAAGGAGGUGGGGCUGCAGCUCCAGGAGGACUUGAUGAAGGUUUUGAAUGAGCUCUACACGGUGAUGAAAACCUACCACAUGUACAAUGCUGACAGCAUCAGCGCCCAGAGCAAGCUGAAGGAGGCAGAGAAGCAGGAGGAGAAGCAGAUUGGGAAGGCAGUGAAGCAGGAGGACAAGCAGACCCCGCGCUCCCCCGACUCCACCUCCAACGUCAGGUUCGAGGAGAAACACGUCCGGAGGAGCUCGGUGAAAAAAAUUGAGAAGAUGAAGGAGAAGCGCCAAGCAAAGUACACAGAGAACAGACUGAAGGCCAUCAAGGCAAGGAAUGAAUAUCUGCUGGCCCUGGAAGCCACCAACGCCUCGGUGUUCAAGUACUACAUCCAUGACCUGUCAGACCUCAUUGAUCAGUGCUGUGACCUGGGCUACCACGCCAGCCUGAACAGAGCCCUGAGGACGUUCCUGUCGGCCGAGCUGAACCUGGAGCAGUCCAAGCACGAGGGGCUGGACGCCAUCGAGAACGCCGUGGAGAACCUGGACGCCAACAGCGACAAGCAGAGGCUGAUGGAGAUGUACAACAACGUCUUCUGCCCCCCCAUGAAGUUUGAGUUCCAGCCACACAUGGGAGACAUGGAGUCCCAGCUCUGUGCCCAGCAGCCAGUGCAGAGUGAGCUGGUGCAGAGGUGCCAGCAGCUGCAGUCCCGCCUGUCCACGCUGAAGAUCGAAAAUGAAGAGGUGAAGAAGACCAUGGAGGCCACGCUGCAGACAAUCCAGGACAUUGUCACCAUAGAGGACUUUGAUGUCUCUGACUGCUUCCAGUACAGCAACUCCAUGGAGUCGGUGAAAUCCACGGUGUCCGAGACGUUCAUGAGCAAACCCAGCAUUGCCAAGAGAAGGGCAAACCAGCAGGAGACUGAGCAGUUCUACUUCACAAAAAUGAAGGAAUACCUGGAAGGCAGGAACCUGAUCACCAAGCUGCAGGCCAAGCACGACCUCCUGCAGAAGACCCUGGGAGAAAGUCAGAGGACGGACUGUGCCCUGGCCAGUGGCAGGCGCAGCUCCACCGUGAGGAAGCAGGAUUCCUCCCAAGCCAUUCCCCUGGUGGUGGAGAGCUGCAUCCGAUUCAUCAGCAGGCACGGUCUGCAGCAUGAAGGAAUAUUCAGAGUGUCUGGGUCACAGGUGGAGGUGAAUGACAUCAAAAAUGCAUUUGAGAGAGGGGAGGAUCCCUUGGCUGGGGACCAGAAUGACCACGACAUGGAUUCCAUAGCAGGGGUCCUCAAGCUCUAUUUCCGAGGCCUGGAGCACCCCCUGUUCCCCAAGGACAUCUUCCAUGACCUCAUUGCCUGUGUCACCAUGGACAAUCUGCAGGAGCGAGCGCUGCACGUGCGGAAGGUGCUGCUGAACCUGCCCAAGAGCACCCUGAUUGUCAUGAGAUACCUCUUUGCCUUCCUCAAUCAUUUAUCUCAGUUCAGUGAAGAGAACAUGAUGGAUCCCUACAACCUGGCCAUCUGCUUUGGGCCCACGCUGAUGUCAGUGCCCGAGGGCCAUGACCAGGUGUCCUGCCAGGCCCAUGUCAAUGAGCUGAUCAAAACCAUCAUCAUCCAGCACGAGAACAUCUUCCCAGGGGCCAGGGAGCUGGAGGGCCCUGUCUACAGCAGAGGUGGAAACACAGAGGAUUACUGUGAGAGCCCCCACGGAGAGAGAGCCCUGGCAGAGGAUUCGGUGCAGGAUGUCACAGCUGAGCACCACACCAGUGACGAUGAGUGUGAGCCCAUCGAGGCCAUAGCCAAGUUUGACUACCUGGGCAGGACUGCACGGGAGCUGUCCUUCAAGAAAGGAGCCUCCCUGCUGCUGUACCAGCGAGCCUCGGACGACUGGUGGGAGGGACGGCACAACGGCAUCGACGGGCUCAUCCCCCACCAGUACAUCGUGGUGCAGGACACUGAGGAUGGGAUGUCGGAAAGGUCCAGCCCGAAGUCAGAAAUAGAAAUAAAUUCUGAGCCACCGGAGGAAAAAGUGACAGCCAGAGCUGGUGCCAGCUGCCCGAGCGGGGGCCACGUCGCAGAUAUUUACCUUGCAAACAUCAACAAGCAAAGAAAGAAACCAGAGUCAGGCAGCAUCAGAAGAGCGUUCCGUCAAAGUGACAGCCACGGCCUAGGUAGUUCCCUGGCAGAACCAGCCUCCCCCGGAGCCAUAGCCGGUUCCAGGCCCUCAUCUCAGCCCAUUAUGAGCCAAAGCCUUGCCAAGGAGGUUCCAGACAAAUGCUCCAUCAGUGGCCACGGCAGCCUCAAUUCCAUCAGCCGGCACUCGUCGCUCAAGAGCAGGAUGGACAGCCCGCAGAUCCGCAAGGCUGUCACGGCCGGCCGCUCCAAGAGCUUCAACAACCACCGGCCCGUGGACCCCGAGGUCAUUGCUCAGGACAUUGAAGCCACCAUGAACUCAGCCCUGAACGAGCUGCGGGAGCUGGAGCGGCAGAGCAGCGUCAAGCAUGCGCCCGACGUGGUGCUGGACACGCUGGAGCCCCUCAAAACAUCCCCGGUGGUGGCCCCCACCUCGGAGCCCUCCAGCCCCCUGCACACCCAGCUCCUCAAGGACUCGGAGCCGCCCUUCCAGCGCAGUGCCAGCACUGCUGGGGACAUCCCCUGCACCUUCAGGCCGGUCAAGGCGGUCAAGGUGGCGCCGCAGGUGAAGCCGCCGGCCACGCGGCCCAAGCCGGCCGUGUUCCCCAAGAGCAGCGCCACCAGCCCCGGGGUCACCUCCUCUGCAGCCCAGCAGCCCCCUGACAAGUCCUGUACUGUGUGAUGCUGCUCUCCAGGCACGGCUGUUCCACGUGAGGACUCUGUUAAGGACCUUGGGGUUUUUUUUAUUUAAGGUGGGAGCUGCUGGGAGCUCCUGAGCGGCCGCAGCCUCGUCCCACGUCCCCAGGACAGCUCCUGCCACGCUUGGCACAUCCACAAUCCACGAUCCACUGUGAAGCUGAGCAGGAAAACACCAAGGGAUGAGCAGGAAAGCACCAAGGGAUGAGAAGGAAAGCACCAAGGGAUGAGCUGGACUUUGCUUUCCACGCCUCGUUCGAGUGUUUGGCCGCUGGAAGGAACAUUUGGUGGUGUCCUGUUCUGGGAUGCUGGUGUAGUGACUUCUGUAUUCUGUGUUUCAUUUAUCACAGGGAAACGAUAGGAUAGAUUUUAGUCUGUUGCAUGUUUUGGUGCCACUGGUUACGUGGAGCUUGGACAUGCCUAUUUCUUGUGCAUUAUUAUUAUUAUAAUUAUUAUUAUUCCGUCGCCCGCUGGUGCCACGGUGGUUUAGGGUCUGUCUCGACUUCCAUCACAUCCUCUGGUUCUGUUUGUUUGCUCCCCACUCCUCCCUCUCAGGGCCUUUGGCCAUCCAGCCUCAUGCUUUUGUUGUCAUGGAAAAAAAUAGUUUACCCUGGAACACUGGUAGGUUUUGUGGAGUUCUACGUAAGAUGUGUCUGUGCAAAUGUAAACAAACGCGUUCCUGAGCUCUGGGAGCACAAGAAAGAGCCCAGUUGUUGCUUAUGGACAAUCCUCACUGCUUUCCCCCUUGGCUCUCCCAUAUUUAAAAGCAGCUUUUUUGUUUCCAGUGUCAUUUUCAGCCCCUGGGCUCUGAUGUGGUGUUUGCUCUCGGGAGACUGAAUGUAAAAAAACAAACAAAAAAAAAAGAAAUAAUUUUGAAAACAAGCAUCCUCUGCUGGGAGCCCAUCCCCAACACACACUCUGCUGGUUUGCCCAUUGCUCAGGACAGAUCCUGACCCCCAUCCCAGCGCCAAGCACUGUAAAAACUUCUCCAAAACUUCUCUCAGGAGUUCUCAAGCUCCCUGCCUUGUCCCUCUGUGCUCCUCUGGGAGCUGCCCUGGGGAUCUCUGCUCUUAUAGAGCAGUGCAGGGAGCGCUGCUGGGGACAGGGUGUGACAGCACAGUGGCCUCUGAGUGGCUUCCCUGCAGGCCUGACCUGUGAAUGAAUGAAUUCUUUGCUAUUAUUUGUAUUUAUCCCUAGCCAGCAGCCUCCACGGACUCUUUUGUACUCCCCUGGGAAUUCUCUGCAGUGCCCACAUUUAUUUAAUUCCAUAAUUAAAAGGCUUGUGCCACUUAGGAGUGGAGACUGGCUGACCCUCAGCUCGCCUCGUUGCUCAGCUUCUCCAGGAUUUCAAACAAGCUGCACCUCUUAGGCUUCCAUUCAAUCAGGAAUUCAGGACAGGAGAAGAAAAAUCAUUUUUCUCACCCGUUCAAGAUGAGUUUCCUUUCAUUCUUUGGGUUCCUGGUGACUGCAAAAUCAGUUUAAUUGGCACUUAGAAAAGAAGAAACACAGAAGAGUUGCUGAAAUGUCCUUUUGGAUGUUGAAAUGUCCUUUUGGAUGUUG